GCGAAUUCGGUGCGCAUCUUGCAUGGAAGCCGAUAGCGCCUAUGGAGACACAAAUGUCAUUUUUGGAGACUUGAAAUAAUUGGAUUAAUAACAGUCUGUCUGAUUAUUUUUGUUAUCACUCAUAAUAACUGCUUUAAUUAUAGAUCCUCGUCAGAAUAUGAUGUGAACCGUGCCUAUCCAUUCUGUCAUCUUCAGAAAAAACAGGAUAAUCGACAUAUCAAGAUAAACGAUUAACUUAAGUUUUUAAAGUUUCUUGUGUGAUUGCAAGGACGCUGUCAAGACGGAUAAACGUCAAAAUAUAAAUUAAACAACAGAUGAAAUAUUCAUUGGAGACAGGAUGACAUCAACGCGGAAGGGGAGUGCGGACAAGACGAUUCCGCACACCCGGUUGGAGGAUGAGGCGAUGAUAUGGGAAGGGUAUGAGAACAUUAAGAAGCUUGGCGAGGGCUCGUUCGGUAAAGUGUACCAGGUCCGACAUCGCAGCACCGACAUCCACUGGGCCAUGAAGUUCAUUAACAAGGACAAGGCUGGAGGCUCAGGCAUCAAGCUUAUGGAGCGUGAGGUGACCAUACUAAAACGAGUCUCCCAUCCCAACAUUAUACAGCUAAAUGAGGUCUUCGAGACAUCAAAAAGGAUGUACCUGGUGAUGGAGCUGUGUUCUGCGGGUGAGCUGGCUGAUACACUCAAGGAGCGUAAACACUUCAUGGAGAGCGAGGUCAAGGUCAUCACCAAGGAGCUUGCUAGUGCAAUACAUUAUCUUCACAAACAUGAUAUAGUUCAUAGAGACAUCAAGUUGGAAAAUAUUCUUGUCAGCAAUCUACCGGAUGCCACCAACCCUGAAGACAGACUUCAAAUAAAGGUGACCGACUUUGGUUUGUCAAUAACGAAGUCUGGAGUAAGCCAUGAUGAUAUGAUGCAGGACUUCUGUGGAACACCAAACUACAUGGCACCGGAGAUUAUAGACAACAAGACCUACAGCCAGCAAUGCGAUGUAUGGGCUCUUGGAGUAAUUGUUUAUACUUUAUUUUGUGGGAAUCCUCCAUUCCGUUCAAAAGACGAGGAAUCAUUAUAUGACCUGAUCAAAAAGGGUGAAAUAGAUUUUGAGUCAAGUGAUCUCUGGAAGGAAGUCUCAUCUGAAGCUAAGUCAUGUAUAUCGGGUAUGCUGAAUGUAGAUCCAGCCCACAGAUUAACUGCAGGAGAAAUUUUAUCACAUCAUUGGAUAACUGGUGAGGAAGGAAACAAUAACACAAAUGUGUUACAACUGAUGAGGGACUGGAAGAAUGAUUUGAAGAUUGACGGGAGUGGAAGUGAGGAAGAAAAUGAGGAAAAGCCCGAGGGGGAUAAAAGUGCAAUAAACGGCCAGGAUGGGCCCCCUGAGGUAAAGCAGGGAGAGGAGCAGACCACGGAGGAGACGAACAACAACGAGGCCAACACGUCCACAGAGGUGAACAGGAAGGGCUCAGGGGGGACCAAGAAACCAGGUUCAGGGGGAAAGACGUCAACUAGAAACUCAGGUGGAAGAUCAUCGUAUGGAAACAUUCCAAAAACUACAGGGAACUCCCUGAAAGUGGGUAACACAGCCCCACGACAGGCCAACUCCCGGUCCCCAAUGCCCAGCAAAGUUUCAGGAAGUGGGACUGGUUCCACUCGGACCACCAGCACAACGCCCAGGCAGGGAACCAGCACUCCUGGCUUGCGGCCUACCGCCACACCCAGCAAACUGAACCCUGGACCAAGACCUACAACUAAGGGUGCUGUGAAAAAGUAACACUGGGGAUUUACUGUGAACUGGAAAGCUUUUGUAUUGGUUAAUUGGCGUGCCACAUAUAGUGAUAAUGGAAAUGGACAUUUUUAUUGGCAAUUAACCACCAUGAUUUCAUGAUUUUGGUUUGCAAUUAAGCACGUAGAUCCUUCAAAGUUGAUCAUGGACAAAAAGGCAACUCUGAUUAACGCUCCUCUGUUGAUUAUAUUAACAGCAUUAUGCCAUUAGCUAACAUAUGACGUAGCUUUACUUAAUGUUUUCUGACUGCUGUCGGGGGUGUUAGUCCAGACGGCCGCUGUCUGCUAGAGCUACAGGGGUUUACCUUACAUGGGCUGCUUGGUGUGUUCAAAGUUUGUAAAACCGUCCAAUGUUGCUGUGAUCUGUUGACUGUCUCAAUAUUUUGUUUCGUUGUGUGCAGACCCGGUCCUGCUGACAUGCAUGCAUGCUUGUCGAUAGAAAUGUUGAUUGUAUAAAGAUUUCCUUGCAUCUUUAUAAAGUUUUGGAUGGCAUUAUGAUUGUUGUCAUGUAGUUUACUCUAAGGUGGAAUUUGCGUGUCAAGCUUGUUGUAUAUAUCAAUGCAUUUGAACCUUAAUGGUAAAGUUGUGAUUCAUUUAAACAAAUGUAUAAUCAUGAAUAAGUUGUUUUUCUGAUUGGCUCGAACUCACCGGGACUGGUGAAAAUACCUCGAGCUUCGGGGAAUUUGAGCCAAGCGGAAAUGCUUACCUCCAGUAGUAUGAAAUUGGUCCUUCAAAUUGAGUUUGAGCUUACAAGGAAAUUGAGCCAAUCAAGUUAGAGCCAAUAGGGUAAGACUGUAUGUCUGAAAAUUUUCGAUUCUGACUGUUAGUGUGUAGCUUGCUCAACUUUCCAUGAAAACAGCUUGUCAUAAUCUGUCUGAUUUCCAUGUAUAAAUAUUAGCGCAUCUGUUUUCCAAGGUAUUGUGAUAACCUUGGUAUCGUUGAGGUUAACAUUUAACUAAGCCAUAACUCAAUUUCUUUUUAAGAUAUGAAAAUGAAACUCGGAACCUAUGUUGGUCCAUCAUUCUGGGUUGAAUUACAACAGACUGAUGUUUGAGUAUGCUUCAUGGUACUGUACAUGUAGUUCAGAUUGAUAUAUUGCUUGUAAAGCAGAAAACUUGACACAUACAUUUUCGGUCAUAAGUAUCUAUAAAUUAAUUGAUGACUCAGCUUUAAAAUUCUGUAAAGAAAGCAUACUUCUUGAGCAUAUGACAAAUGAAAUACUUUUGUAUGUUCUCUUUGAGUGAUAAAUUAUCACUCACCAAAAUGUUCAGGUGUUGGGUGUAGCAUUGUUCGCUCUGUAUCAUUUGAACAGCUGAUUUUUUUUAAAUCUUAGACCACUCUUCCAUCAGGUUUAAGGUUAGGUCAAUAGGUUAAAUUAAAUAUUGAAUUCAGUGGGAGGUGAAGGAGUUUUAUAUUCUAUGAUGUUUAGCUUUGAUAAAUUAUUCCUCAUAUCGUCCUGACUUGUGAAACUGUUUCUCAACAUAAAGGUUUCUCAGAAAGGCUAAAUGUCAUAUGAUUUGAACUUUUUGAAAUUACAUUUGCAUCUCACUUUUAGGAAAGUAGGGUUUCAGCUGGAGGGUUAUGGGAGGGUGAUGUACCCUCCCCAUAUUUGGAAUAAUAAUAUCUGUCAUGUGUUUCCGUUCCGGAUAAAAAAAUCCGACCCGAGGGCACCUGCGUUGCCAGGUAACGAGGCUUGCCGAGUUACCGGCCGCGCAGCGUGCCCGAGGGUGUUUGACGUGCAGUAAUUUUUAUUCACUGCAUACGUCAAGAAGUUCCUUCAGUAUCACGUCUUUUAAGGGUUAUUUUGUUUUGUUUUGAAGGUAUAUUUUUGUAAAGUAAAUGUUUAUGGAACUCAUCUAUUGAAAUCUCAUAAUUAUGGUUACAUAGAGUGUAAAAUAAAAGAAAUGAAAAGUAUUAUGUCACAGCGCGUGACUCAUCUGGCAUGGGGGGAUGCCAGAUGAAGUUUUCCAGCACGGCUGAAUUCACCGGAAAUGCCUAUCCGGUGUGCUAGAAACACCCUUCUGCCCUCAUGGAGACCAGGAUGUGCACCCUCCUGAUAAUCAAAUAUUUCUUUUGUUUUGAUUAAAACUUUAAAUAUGCUUAUGCAUUCAAACAAACUUUACAUAUUUGGAAGUUGAAAGUUAACAUUACUUCAAAUAAGCACAAUUUCUAACAUUUCUAUGAAAUUCAUGCUUUAAUUAUUCACUGCCCGAUACAAUGUGCCUUUUUGUCCCUCAGCACCCUGUCCCUUUUCUGCAGCACCGUGUCCUUUUUAAUAUUUGGCUAAAACCCAAAGGACAGACAGACAGAUGGAAGUUAUUAUUAGGUUAGAAUUCCCUUAGCCAUAAUCAUAUAUUUCUGCUGUGUUUUAUCUACUAUUUCAUUAUUCCCUACUCAGAAGACACCAAUUGUUUUGAAGGGGGUAUUACAUUGUUUGUGUACAUUAAGAGUGUUGUUGGCAGAGUUGUUAAAUUGUUAAAAAUAGAUUUUUUAUGGCUUUUUAUAUUAUUUGUUGAUAAUUGGAAAAAAGAAACUAACAUUAGAAAAUGUACUACAUUAAAGAUUUUAUUUUACUGUUGAUUUAAGUUUACCUCUUAACAUGAUGGUCUGAACGCAUCGUACACAUUUGUAUUAUGACUUUUUUCAGUGUGUUUGUCUAUUAAAAAAAAUGUCAAGGAAUUGUCAAAGCUCUGAAGUCAUUGGCGUCAUUAUGUAAAACCUCUAACCUUGAAUAGAGCUCAAAAAAUAUUGGAAGAUAUUUGAAUGAAACACAUGUUCCAAUAGACAAUAUGGAUAUGUACAGCAAGGCUUAUAACUCUGGCUUAAAUAUUUCUUGAAUUAUGCCCCUUGUUUGGGAUAAAUACAUUAGAUGAGCAUUGGUGUUCGCUCUGCAGCACUCUUGUUAAGAGAACAUUAAUGCCACCUUUGUGAUUACAUAAAUAUUUUGAUGCACUUUUUCUGCUGAUUUUCAUAGCAUUAAACAAAUGUUAUUUUAAAUUGGCCAGCGCCAACCUAAAAAUAUAAGGUUGUGCACAAGUGGAAUUCAAAGUUGCAAACAUCUAACAAGAUGUAUAAAUCUUUAGCUGGUAAGUGUCAAAGACAGCAUUAUGUCAACAAUACGGUAGUUUAAAAUAUUCACCUUAAAAUGGCUUUGUUGUUUAAUAAUGUAUUGUUAAUGGUUAUUUUAGGGCACCAUAUAAAGGGUAAGGUGUUAUGUAGGAGUAAAAAUCAUCUACAUGCUUAGAAAUUUAAUGCCACAAGUGUUACUCUACCAUCUACAUACAGUAGGCUCUAGGCAUUAUUGAAAACUGUAACGUAAAAGCAGUUAGGGUAGGAUAUUGUUCACUAGAUGGAUUGUAUUGUAUACAUUUUUUAAAGAUGCACUCUCACAGAUGGACCGUUUUGACAACUUUUUAUUUUUUUGUCUUAGAAUGAGCCAAUCCUUGCCUAAAGGUCUGGAAACCAGUGAUUUAAGACUGCUGACUAAAAAUCAGAUUUAAUAUUUACUUUCGAAAAUUGAUGUUUUUUGUCGAAAAACUCAUUUUUCUUAAAGCGUUAGUAAUGCUUUUAGCCAUAAAACUUCAAUUUUCAAACUUUGAUCUGAUAUUUUGUAUUAUAUCACUGGUUUCCAAAUUUACAGAUAUUAAGGUCAAAAUUGGUUCAUUCCAAGACAAAAAAUAAAAAAGUUGUCAAAACGGUCAAUCAGUUGCAGAUUUAAAGGGAAAUAACCCUAUUGUUUCAAGAAAUUAGGAUGUCCUUGUUGAUAAGCUGCAUUGUUCCAUUCACUGAUUUUCCUUAGUUGAGGCCCUGUGUGAAGAUAUAUCCCGAUCUAUUGUAUUAGUCAAUGGAAACAUGUUAUUAAUAGUAAUGAUUUAAAAAUAGCUAUAGUUAGAUUACCAAUUAUUAACAAUAGAUUCUUAUUUUGUGCGAGUUCAUGCAGUAUAAGUGCUCAGCCACAAUUUUGCAAAUCCACGAAACUCCACUUUGGCGGACUUGACAGAGGUCACAAAUUGUCAACUGCUUUUUGCAAAAUGAAUGCAAAUUUUAUCAUUAAUUAAAUCAAAUGUAACUAUAAAAGAUUUAUCGGGGCCUCCUGAAUGAUGCCACAAGUCAGCACACAAACCUUGUGAUUUUAAAAGUAACAAAAUUAGUUGUCCAGUUAGCACACUCACUUCUUACCAAGGCAACCCGGUUCUGGGCGCAUGCAAGUUUGGUCAUUGCAAGCCAGACAAGUGGGUUUUCACCAGGUUCUCCCAUUUCCCUCACAACACAAGACCGCACUCUCGCACAACAUCCUGCCAACAAGAGUGUCUUAAAAUAAUUUUCUUCACAAUUGUUGUAAAAUAUAUAAUGUUUAACUAACAGUAAACACCAUGUUAACACUGUUUUCAUUAGAUGUAGAAGGAAAACCAAUCUCAGGGAUAGUGUCCCUUUAAAUGGCAUUUAAAAACCAAGCAAGUAUUUUAUACUUUAAGCAGUCUCUUGCAAUGGGUCUGAAUAAUCCUUAUGAAUUUUUAUGUCAGGGUACUAUUGUAAAGCAAAGAUACUUUUGGAGAGAAAACCAAAUUGCACCAAUUUUUAAAUCAUUCCCAUAUUGAUAUAGUUUCAGCCUAUGUUUGCCAAACUUGUUAUUUAAUUUCUUUUGUUGCUAUUCCUAUGUACGAUUGUAUCCUUUUUGAUUUUAUCUUUUCUGUCCAAAAUGUAAGUGCUAUAUAGUACCCAUUUCAAGACCUGUUUUUACACCUAAAUCCUGUGAAAUAUGUUAGCUUUAUCUUGUUUUUGUUUUGAUUCUGUUGAAAUUUGUAUAUAUACAUUCAUUUCAUUAUUUGCCUGACAGGUUUUAUAAAUGAUGGGCAAAUGUAUUUCCUAAAUGUUAAAACAUAAAAUUUAACAUAUAUUUACUAUGUCUUAAGAUAGAAUGCAAAAUAAUGCAAUGUCAUUAUUUGCUAGAAUUAUAUGUUUUUACAAAUCUAAUUUCCCAACAGCUUUUAAAACAAUCCUUAUUGAUUUAAAAAAUUAUCAGAAAUAUACUUUACAUCAUUAAAUAUGCAACUUUUUUCCGUGACAAUUGGUAAGCAUAAAUUGUAUCUAAGAUUGCUAAUUUUCAAAUGUUACUUCUUUUUCACAAACUACAGUCAAAAUAACAAUAGCUAAUAACCUUUUUUUUAAUAAUUGCUCAUUUAAUGGUGUUAAAUAUAGUUUAGUUUUGAUUGUGUUUAUGACUUCAAACUUUAUAUAAAGAAAUAAAGUUGAUCGACCGAAAAAAUAUCCAAAAACAUUCCAUUUCUUUUAAGCUUGAAGUAUGUUACUCUAUGUUACUAUAAAUACUUCUUUCUAGUUACACAUUCUGUAUAUACCAGAAGAAAAGUGAUUUUGAAUGAUUAUGCAAUUGUACAUUCUGCUGAUUCAUGUUUGUUUUUUAUUUAUAUUAUUAUUAUUAAUGAUGACUUUUUGACAUGCUGCUUGGGGCCAACUUUAUUGAUAUAAUAACAUUUGUUCCAAUAAAUGAUUG